UAAAAUAUUGAUUACUUUAGAGGAAUCAAGCCAGCCAUGACUUGGUAAACUAUGAUUAAAAACUAUGACUUAUGUUGUGAGAUCCUAGUGAAUGCUUUUCUUAUAGAAAGCUAUAACUUUUGUCUGUUUGUUACAACAACCAAUUAGGUAGAGUAAUGACUUUAAUGACCUGGAGUAAGUUGCCUGUUUUUAAGGUCACCAGGGGUGUCCUGUUCCUGUCUUUAUAUAACUUCCCUGAGAAGCAGGGGAUAUUUUGUGAUUUGGAGAUAAAAGGAAAGAUGGACCUGAGGUUUAAUUUGAUUCCCAUAUUCCUGAAGGGUUACAAAAAUAGUUUGAAGUGAUGUGUAAGCACAAUACUCCCCAGGACUUUGCUCCAUACAUAAAGUGGAACUGUGAUCAGUGACUGUUAUGUGAUAAUAAAUUGACGAAUUCUUAACACUGCUCUUGUUACAUUGCGAGCUGGUAAGUUGACAGAAUGAUUGGAUUUCUUAUCACAAGAGUAUUAUAGCACCGUUUCCCAAGCUAGCAUCCUUCAUGUCUUGCAUCAUUCCUAGCUCCUUCCUGCUUGGAUACAAUGGUGCUUUCUUAGCCUAGCUCAUUUGAAGGUCAUUAGAAGGACAACCAGAAUCUUGACUGAAGAUUGUCCUUAAGAUGCACCACUGGAGAUGUGUGUUCCCUGCCAUGUGAUAGUUGACUGUAAUGAGUUGCACAUUUACAGCUGCAGCUGUAAGGCGGGGACCCUGUUUUCCGCUCACUCCUGUCUCUGCUCUGUUGAGUAUCUGCCUCUUUAAAAAGUGUGUGCGCGCAUAAAGCCAAAGCCGCACUGCAAAGUGCUGGGGAAGCUUAGCUUUGCUGCGAAGCCCGACCCUGAGUGAAACCUAACUAGCUAGGCAAUCUGCAAUUCCUGAUUGACAGCAGGACUAGCAUUAUGCAAAUGGAGCCUGAGAGAAGAGCCGCUGGGGAACAGAACCGUGAUCUGGGGGCUCUGUUAGGGAUCUCUCUACACACGCCUCCUCUAAAUCCAGUCUCUUUGCUUGUUGUUGUUUUUCCUCUUUCUCCUUUUUGCAGAGGUGGUGCAGCUUAAUAACCAAUAAAUGCCUCCCCUUACCCAUUAAAAAGUUGUCCUUUUCUUGAGCAUGAAUAAAUCCAGUCUUCCGUGCAGUUCCUUUUUUUUUCUAUCAGCAAAAGAGAUGUGUGUAAGCUCGUAAACUCAGGAUGAAUUGGGUAAUAUUUGGCAGGGUAACGUGCUAAUCUUUAAACCUUUAUGUUUUCAAUCCUGUUUAAAUGUAGGGUUUUUUUGGCACAAAAAUGCCUGUGCGUGCGCACUACCCCCCUCUUCUCUUCUCCUUCAGUCUGAAGCCUUAUGUAGGUCAGGCUUGGCUUAACCAGAUUUCACGAACCUGCGUCAGCUUAAGCUGAAGGAAUUUUAAUAAACCCUCCCCUGUAGGCGUGGGCCUAAAUGAGACAAGCCUAGUUAAGCCUGAUCUUUCUUCUGUUUGUGAAAAAGAGCUGAGCAGAGCUAGGAUCUGUGUGGUGAUUUCAGGAACUGCUUAUUCUUCAGGCUGGAGAGGACGAUGGUUGGGAAGGCCAGAUCCUCGAAUUUCACUUUGUCUGAAAAGCUUGAUUUGCUGAAACUUGUCAAGCCAUACGUUAAUAUUCUCGAGGAACACACCAACAAACAUUCAGUCAUAGUGGAAAAAAACAAAUGCUGGGACAUCAUAGCUGAUAACUACAAUGCCAUUGGAGUUGACCGCCCUCCUCGCACUGCCCAGGGCCUGCGCACACUAUACAAAAGGCUCAAGGAAUAUGCCAAGCAGGAACUCUUACAGCAAAAGGAGACCCUUUGUGACUACAAAGGCUACAUCUCUGAACCGACUAAGAAAGUUGUGGAAAUGAUCCCUCAGAUUUCCACUGUGUGUUUGAGAGAGAGGAAUAAUCUGCCAUGUGCUACCCUGGCAAAAGAAACAGUUGCUACUACAAGUUCUCCUCAGCUAAUGUUGGAGCCCCAUCCUGCUGCCAUCACACUGGAACUGGGUCCAGAAGAAGAGGAUGUGAAGCCACCACCUUCACUAAUACUUGAAUUGCAAGCACAGGACAACUUAGAGCAAAGAGAUCAACAGCAUAUGGUCCAUGUCAUGGAGAGAUCUCCAUCAACUUCCCUGUCUUCUGUGGAUAUAAGAAUGCUAUCUCCAUCGCCUAUCCCCAGGCGAGAUGAGUUUUUUAGGCUUGAAAGUGGAGAACGAUUUAGGCCAGCAUGUGGAGGGUAUGAUCCACAAAUGUUGCAAAUGCUCAAAGAAGAACAUCACAUAAUUUUGGAAAAUCAAAGGAAAAUUGGCCUCUAUAUCCAAGAAAAAAGGGAUGGGUUGAAAAGGAGACAGCAACUGGAAGAAGAGCUUUUGAGAGCAAAAAUUAAAGUAGAAAAAUUAAAGGCAAUACGAUUACGUCGUGAUCUUCCUGAAUUCAACAGUCUUUGAAUAUAAAGCAAUUCUGCAUAAAACCGUGCUUAUUCUGUGUUUGAUUAGAAAAUAUCGGUUACUUUAUUUGGAUGGAUUGGAAGUGGAUGGACAAAAUAAUUUGUUUU